ACCACAGGUUCGUGGGUUUGCCUCCCACGCCCCCAGCUUCCCCUCGCCGCGCUGUGCUGACGGCAGCCCCCUCGGGGUACUAUCCUCUCCCGGUGUCGCCUCCGCCCUUCCUGUGCGCUCCUGCCAUUCCUCUUACCAUUUGGAAUAUUUGGGAAUUGUUUCAAAAAAAAAAAAAAAAAUCUAAAGGGGGAGAAGGGAUCGGAGUUCUGGAGACACAGGGGAACUCGUGUGCUGUAAAGGAGUUCAUUAGCCAUGGAUGUAUUCAUGAAAGGACUUUCCAAGGCUAAGGAGGGAGUCGUGGCUGCUGCUGAAAAAACCAAACAGGGUGUGGCAGAAGCAGCAGGAAAGACAAAAGAGGGUGUUCUCUAUGUAGGCUCAAAAACAAAGGAAGGAGUGGUUCAUGGUGUGACAACAGUGGCUGAGAAGACCAAAGAACAAGUGACAAAUGUUGGGGAGGCUGUGGUGACAGGGGUGACAGCAGUUGCACAAAAGACAGUGGAGGGAGCAGGAAGCAUUGCAGCUGCCACUGGCUUUGGCAAAAAAGAUCAAUUUGGCAAGAAUGAAGAGGGAGUCCCACAGGAAGGAAUUCUGGAAGAUAUGCCUGUGGAUCCUGACAGCGAGGCUUAUGAAAUGCCUUCUGAGGAAGGAUACCAAGACUACGAACCUGAGGCCUAAGAAAUAUCUUUGCUCUCAAUUUCCUGAGAUCUGCUGACAGAUGUUCCAUCCUGUACAAGUACCUAGUUCCAAUGCGCCCAGUCAUGAUAUUUUCUCAAAGUUUUUAUAGUGUAUUUUGAAGUCUUCCAUCAGCAGUGAUUGAAGAAUCUGUACCUGCCCUCACUCAGCAUUUCGGUGCUUCCCCAUCACUGAAGUGAAUAUAUGGUAGCAGGAUCCUUUGUGUGCUGUGGCUAUUGUGGCAUCAAAUCUAAAAUGUUAAAACAAAUUAAAAACACCUAAGUGACUACCACUUAUUUCUAAAUCCUCACUAUAUUUUUGUUGCUGUUG